GUCCGCCUUUAUUCACCUGCGACGACGGAGGGAGCUUCUGUGUCUCCCGUGCCAGCUACAGGACUCUGUUCCGGCUCAAUCCAGUCUAACCUCUCUUACAGCGAAACCCUAGAUUUCCGUCCUUGGUCUCGGAUCGGUCGCAGAAGCCACCGAGCCAGCGCCUCUCUCGUGCCCUAAUCUUCGAUUGCCUGCCCUCGCUCUCGCUCGCUCCUUCGCCUCGCUCUGUUCCCGUGGAUUCCGAUCUUGAUCGGGGGAAUGGCGGUGAUCAACAUGGCGGCCAAGUACAAAACGACAGUCAAAGAGCCUGGGACUCCAGGAGUGCUCAGGAUGGUCACAAGUUCAGCAAAGAUGGUUCCAAACAAGCAUUGUUAAACCUUACGCAAGAUUCUGAGAAGGGAGGAGGCUACAUUUUUGAGUUUGACAAUUUUUCUGACCGCAAUGUUUGCCGAGAUUUUGUAGAUAUACUUAUUUGGGGCAGUAUUCAUGGAAUUAUGAUGUUAUUCUACCUAUGGCUGUCACCUUCAGUAGAAUAUGUCACAUGAAAAAUGAUCUUGCAAAGAAGCCCCUUGACCGCUACAAAUGGAAAAGUCCUAGGGAAGUUUCAGGCUGUGACGUCUUCUAGGCAAAAUGAGCAACCGGUGCCUGAAAAACCUGCAGCUACAGUUCAUAGUGAACAGCUCAGCACUACAGAGAUGGAGCGCCGCAUGAAGUUGUUGUGGGAGGAUAGUGAAUUGCAGAAACUACACAAGCAAUUUGUCAUUGGUGGUGUGUUAACAGAAUCUGAGUUUUGGGCAACAAGAAAGAGUUUACUUGAUGAUGUUGUUCAGAGAACACCAAAGCAACGGGCAGGAUUCAGAAGUGCUAUGCUUGCAGAUGUUAGGCCAUCGACUGAUGGUCGGACCAAUAAAGUCACAUUUAGCCUUACCCCAGAGAUCAUUCACCAGAUUUUUGCUGAAAAGCCUGCUGUUCAUAGGGCAUUUCUGAAUUUUGUCCCCAUCAAAAUGACAGAAAAGGAUUUCUGGACAAAAUAUUGUAGAGCUGAAUACCUCCAUAGGACAAAAAAUUCUGUGGCUGCUGCAGCGGAAGCCGCCGAAGAUGAGGAACUUGCUGUAUUUCUAAAGCAUGAUGACAUAUUGGCCAAUGAAGCCCGCUGUAAGAUUAGACGGGUUGAUCCAACAUUAGAUAUGGAAGCUGAUUUAGGGGAUGACUACAUCCAUCUUCCUGAUCAUGGAAUUCUGCGGGAUGGCAGCAAGGAGACUGCUGAUGCUGAGAAUGAAUUAGCUAGGAGGACACUCUCACAGGAUCUUAAUCGGCAUGCAACUGUGGUUCUUGAAGGGAGGGCAUUAGAUGUGGAGUUGGGAGACACAAGGACCGCAGCUGAAGCACUUGCAAGGUCCAAACAGGCAGAGUUGUGUACUGAAACCUCAGAUGAGAAAACAAACCAAGAACGAUUGGAGAAGGUUUCUCGAAUGACUGAGAUUGAGGAUCUCCAAGCUCCUCAUAGCCUCCCAUAUGCACCGCUGUGCAUCAAGGAUCCACGGGAGUAUUUUGAUUCGCAGCAAGCCAAUGCUGUCAAAGCUUUAGGAGAUACUGGUGCUGGAAUCAAACCUGUUGAUUUCAGCCUAAAGACUGAGGAGGCAUAUACUUAUUUGCUGGAGCAGAUUUCUGAGGUGAAAGUGAGAGGGUUGAAUAAUCUAGUUGUUCAACCUGAAGCAACUCUCAAGGUUCUCAAUGGGUUGAAUCCAUAUCUUUCAAGUACCAAAUAUCAUCUUGGAAAGAAGCCUCAGGAGUGUGUCCUGGAUAUGCUGCCAAACAGGACUAAAGAUGAACUUUUGCAUCAUUGGACAUCCAUUCAGGAGUUGCUACGACAUUUUUGGUCAUCAUAUCCCAUUACAACCGCUUAUCUCUAUAAUAAGGUUUUAAGAUUGAAGGAUGCUAUGACACAUAUCUAUCAUAAGCUACAGGAGAUAAAGGAAGCUGUUCAAUCAGAUUUCCGGCAUCAAGUUUCUCUCCUUGUUCAACCCAUGCUCCAGGCCUUGGAUGCUGCCUUUGCUCACUAUGAUACAGAACAGCAGAAGCAGUCCACGAAAAGUGGCAAUAAACCAAAUGGUUUUGUUCAAUAAAAGCUUAUAACUUUAUUUUCUAUGUAAUAUAAUUAAAUUUUGACGACGAUGAUGAUAAAGCUGUUUCACUAAAUUUUGAAUGCUAGAUCUGGCAUGCCUCCAUGUUUGUCAUCUGUCUUUUGACUUCAUCCCAAACACGUAUCAGGCUUUUCAUACAUAAUUGAAGGUCAUGAACUCUCAUCCUGCUCAUUUGUAAGUCUAAAUUUCAGGUUCAUAUGAUCUUGUUGGAGAGAGAUUUCCCGUGUAACCUUUAUGUGAGACAAAAAGAUGCCAUAUUCUAACGGCCUUAUAUUUCAUUUGUUCA